AUGAACCGAAUCAUAAAUGAACAGGGGACUGCAAUAUCUGUUAAAACAAAUUCAAUCUCAACUAAAAAAGCAAAGUUGCCUCUGCAAGACCACUUAAACCCUGGCAGGACCUAUUCCAAUAGGUCCGCCAUUAAACUACCCAAAGAUGAUACCAAGAAAUCCGGGGUUAGCCUCGAAUACUUGUUCUUGGUACGUCAGAAUCCUUUUCGUGGAAACGUCUCAGAACACCCACACGAUCACAUCGAAUAUCUAAAAGAUAUGAUGGAUGACAAGAAAUGGUUGGACCAACUACCAGCAGGGUCUUUGACAUGCUGGAAGGAAAUAAGGAAUACCUUCAUUAAUCACUUCUUCAAUGAGACGCGUUACUGGGAUGUAAGGAAGAAAAUCUCCACAUUCCGCCAAGAUCCACGAGAAUCAUUCAAGAACGCUUGGGAGAGAUUCAAGAGUUACCAGCUUGAAUGCCCCCACCAUGGUUAUUCAGAACCACAGCUCAUUAAUACCUUUUACGGAGGUAUUAACUUGCAUUACCAAAUCACCCUUGACACAGCCAGUGAAGGGAGCUUCAGUACUAGGAACUCUGAAGAGGCGAAGCGUUUGAUCAAGAAUGUUGCUACAGAACAACAGGUGGACUUCGUAGAUGUACCCACCUUGAAAGAUAGGUAUCAUAUCCCUAACACCGAUAGUUUUACCCAAAUUUACGAUGCUACUGUUGGAUCAAGUCGAGGCAAAGUGAAAUUUAGGUUAAACCAAGCUUUCACGGGAAAUCGCAAAAUGGCCACUGACCUGAACGGAAAGAUAAACAUAGUCUACGGUGAGCUAAUGAGGAACUUCGACGCUUUAAAUGAACACAUUAAGAGACUGGACGGUCAAGUAGCGGAAAACGUGACCGCCAUCAAAAGAGAGACGGGACGUCUCCUUGGGCGAACUGACUCGAAUCCGAAACGUCAAUCCCAACCCAGAAUCAGAAACUUCUCAAGAGAAGGACAGUCCAACACUAAGGAAGCGGCUAUCGACCUCGAGGAAGAAGAAGAGGAGUUGGAAGAAGAUGUAGAAAUCGAUAGACAAGAAGGAAACAACGUCGAUCGACCAACUACAGUAAAUAUCGAUCGACAAACUGGAAAUAAUGUCGAUCGAGACUCGGCUCCUGCUGAAACAGCCGUAGAUAGAGUGUAUAGGACUUUACCACCCUUUCCUCCAAACAAGACGCAGACUAAGCGAGAAUUAGAUAAGGCGAUCUGCAAGAAAGCAUUCGAUAAAAUCACGUUGGAUAUGCCAUUGAGUGAUGCCAUAAAAGUAUCACCUUCAAUAAAGAAAUAUGUAAAAGACAUGGUAUCCAACAGCUUCCCAGCCGCUGAGCACAGCGUCACGAUAGUUUCAAAGGAAGUGAGUGAAAUAAUCCAAGGCGAAACUCCGAUCAAUGGACCCGAUCCGGGCAGCUUUGUUUUGGACUGCAACAUACGGAAUAAAAGUUUUCCUCGAUCCCUUUGUGAACUAGGUUCCAGCGUGAACCUCAUGCCGCACUGUGUCGUGAUAUCCCUGGGAUACGACAAGUUCAAACCUACCAAAAUAACUUUGGUUCUUGCCGAUAGAUCCGUUAGAGUACCUGAGGGAGUACUUGACGAGUUGCCAAUAAGGAUUAACGACUGUCACGUACCAACGGAUUUCGUUGUGCUGAAAUACCAGAAUGAACCAAAGGAUCCCCUCAUUUUGGGUAGACCAUUUCUAGCUACAGCUGGUGCGAUCAUCGACAUCAAGGAGGGUCGGAUAUGUUUAAACAUUGGAAACAUUCCGAUGACCUCUGAUAUGGAAAAAAUGAUAAAACGACCCUUAAUCGAUAAACAGAUCUCCUACGUGGACGAUAUCUCUGAGCUGGCUGAAGAAUCUUUCAUAGACCUAUGCUCAGAUGAUCCUCUGGAAAAAGUGCUUACAUCUACCGAAGAGGAAACAUUUAGUGUCGACAACAGGGCUGAUGAAUACGUGCGAUUAAUGGACGCAAGUAUAGAAAUAGCAAAUGUCGAUGAAGUAGAGGAUGACACUUCGUAA